AGCUACAGGAAGCCACCUCAGAGGGUCUGAGGGGCCACGUGUGGCCCCAGAGCCACAGAUAGAGGACCCCUGUCCUCACAAAGACACAAAGGCUCUAUGGUCUCAACUUCAGUCACCCACCAAUCAGAGCGUGCAGUCAGGCUGAGGCCACGCCCACUCCCACUAUAACAGGACCAGGAGCUGCAGCAGGAAUCACAGAAGCUUGAGAUCCAGAAAACAGAACCUGCAGAGAUUCCUGAUGGUGGUGGAGGACAGAAGCCGUGUGGAGGUGAUGGAGGGAAACCAGCAGAGGGUGGAGGUGAACAUCCUGCUGCUGGGGGGACGAAGCGUCGGAAAGACGGCUCUGACUGUCAGAUUUCUGACCAGAAGGUUUAUAGGAGAAUAUGGAGAUAUCGAGUCGAUCUACAGUCGAGUCGACAGAAUCGAUGGUCAGGAGACCUGCAUCAACAUCUGGGACUCUCUGGCCGGAUUGAACAGCAGCUCCAUCAGCGACAAACAGCUGCAGUGGGCCGACGGGACCAUCCUCGUCUACGACAUCUGUGACCGUGGCAGCUUUGAGGCGGUUCGGCAGCAGCUGCAGCUGAUUCGCCGUGGCAGGAAACCAUCAUCUGUUCCCGUCGUCAUCGUAGGGAACAAGCGUGACCUGCAGCAACAUCGCAGAGUCUCUGGUGAAGAGGGUCGGCUGCUCGCUCUGACAGAGAGAUGUGGGUUCUUUGAAGUGUCGGCGGCUGAGACGUACCACGGCGUCCUGCUGGUGUUCCACCAGCUGGUGGACCUGGUCAGAGAGACUCGAGCACUGAGAAAGAGCGUGGCUAGGGUCAAGGGCAUCGUCAGGACCGUGUCUGCCGUGUUUGGGAAGAAACGGGCCGAGUAGAUGCAACACAGAGUCAUGUCCAGUGAUCCAAAUGAGAAGAAGCCAGUAAGGACUUCCUGUCUGAGGCCUACUGCGGAGAGCCUGGAUGAGCUGAAGAAGGUUGAAGGGACGAUUCAUAGAUUGGAAGUUGAUCACAAGAGAUUUUGCAGAUGUUUAUUUUCAGGUUGAAGCAGAGCGGGAAGCAUGUAGGAGCUAUCAUAGGCUAGGAGGAAGUUUGGUUCCUCAGAGGAGGAAUCCUGGAGACUCUGAUUCCAGACAAUCCUGGUAAUCCUGAUCCUCAGAAGAUAAGCCAGGACUCUGAUGGUUCUAAUGAAUGUUCGGCCAGUCCUACCAUCAAGUUUUGUUCUAUUGUAAUUAUAUUUUAUAGAAAUAAAAUAUAAACACCUUGAGGUUGGACCAUGAAGAAUUGGCCUGUAGGAGGCGCUAACAGAUCCACACUCAGCUGAAGGUCCAAGAGUCCUCAGACAAACUAACAAGUGAGAUGUUCCCAGAUGUUUGAUCUGUUUCAUGGUGAAGUAGCUGAGCUGUUUCUAGAAACACCCUGAGAUGGUCAUUUCAGUCUGAGGAACAUCUCCUGAUGUUCAGGAGGAAGAAUCGAGUCUGUUUCUAAAAAGUGACCGGUUGUCUUCUUCGUUUUUAUGAAAUGUUUUUAUUGAUUUUUUUCUGUUCUGCUGAUACUUGGAUUAAACGUUAAAAACAGAGGAACGUUUUGGUAUUUGUUAAAGCAGAGCUGUAUUUUUUGUGUUAAAGUUGUGAAGCAGCUCCUCAUGUGGUGCAAAAGAAGAAACACCUGAAUAAAGAAAAUUCCAAAUCUUAAAAUCUUUAUUUCAUCACGCCU